UCGCUCGUUCGUUAUAGAGGGUGGGGGGGCGCGAUUUUGCCCUCUUUUUCUCUUCCUCGUCGGGAAUUGAUGAACACCGCCCUAGGGCAGCGCCGAAAGAAAGACGGAUUCCUGCCCUAGGGAGCGGCAGCUUUCAUGAUCGAACUGGAAUAGGUGGCCGGAGUGCCAGGAGUGUGGCCGGUGGAGGAGAUGGCGGGCUUAGGUCAGCAGACGGUGGAAUUCUCCACGCUGGUCCGACGUGCCGCGGAGGACUCCUUCCUCUCGCUCAAGGAGCUCGUGGAGAGGUCGGCGGGGCAGUCCGACUCGGAGAAGAAGAUCAGCCUGCUCAAGUACAUCAACCGGACGCGGCAGCGCAUGCUCCGCCUCCACGUCCUCGCGAAGUGGUGCCAGCAGAUCCCGUUGGUCCAAUAUUGUCAACAACUUGCAUCAACUCUUUCAAGUCAUGAUACUUGCUUUACCCAAGCUGCAGAUUAUUUGUUCUUCACACAUGAAGGAUUGCAACAAGCCCGUGCCCCUAUAUAUGAUGUUCCAUCAGCUAUUGAAGUUCUUCUUACUGGAACGUAUCAGCGUUUGCCAAAAUGCAUUGAGGAUAUUGGCAAACAAAUUGUGCUUCCUGAGGAGCAGAAAAAACCUGCUUUGCUAAAGUUAGACACACUUCUGAGGUCAAAAUUACUGGAGUUAUUGCUGCCAAAGGAAAUUUCUAAAGUUACAGUAUCUAAUGGGACUGCACAACUUUGUGUUGAUGGAGAAUUUAGGGUGAUGCUUACUCUGGGAUAUCGAGGAUAUCUAUCGAUGUGGAGGAUAUUGCAUUUGGAGCUUCUUGUAGGUGACAAAAAUGGGCUUGUUAAGUUUGAGGAAUCGCGUAGAUAUGCUUUUGGUGAUGAGUUGGAGCGCAGAAUGGCUGCUGCAGAGAAUCCAUUUAUGACAUUAUACUCUAUCCUUCAUGAAUUCUGUAUUACACUUGUGAUGGACACCAAUAUAAGACAACUCCAAAUACUUCGACAGAGUAGGUGGAAAGAUGCAAUUCGCUUUGAUCUCAUCUCUGAUGGAGCAGGAGGACUAGGUGGGCAUGUUCAGUUACCUCAGGAUGCCGAACCUGAAUCAGCUACUUCAGGCCAAAGAACCCCUGGUUUAAGAAUUAUGUACUGGUUAGAUCCUGAUAGAAGUAGUGGGGGGACUGAUUCAAGUUUAUCACCUUUCAUUAAGAUUGAGCCUGGCCAAGAUCUGCAGAUAAGAUGUUCUCAUAGCACCUUUGUCAUUGACCCCAUGACAGGGAAUGAAGCAGAGUUCUCACUUGAUCAAAAUUGCAUUGAUGUAGAGCAAUUGCUGUUAAGGGCUAUUACCUGCAACAGGCAUACGCGCUUGCUUGAAGUUCAUAAAGAGCUUAGCAAUAAUAGUCAAAUUUGUCAGACUGCCGGUGAUGUUACACUUAGAUGCUUGUCUGAUGAAUCUCAGGCAGACUUAUCAAAGGGUAAUUAUAAGUUUGAUGUCGUGGACUGUGGGGAGGAAGUAUUGUGUGUUCGGGCUUAUGGAUCAUCAUAUAUUACUCUGGGAGUAAACAUCAGGAAUGGCUCUUAUGUACUUCGAUCUUCAAAAAACAUUAUUUCAUCAAGUGCAUUGUUAGAGUGUGAAGAAGCAUUAAACCAAGGGAGCAUGACUGCGUCUGAAGUCUUUAUGGCUUUGAGGAAUAAGAGUAUUUUGCACUUGUUUGCAUCAAUGGGCAGAUUCCUAGGCCUUAAGGUGUAUGAAUGGGGCUUUUCAGUUGCUAAGUUGGCCAAGAUCAUCACCUCUGGAUCAGAUUUGUUACUAAUGGGGUUUCCUCAAUGUGGAAGCUCCUAUUAUCUGCUGAUGCAGCUAGAUAAAGGUUUCAAACCACUAUUUACACUUCUGGAGUCACAUGAAGAUUCAUCUGGGACUUCUGGUGUAGUUGGUGAUAUUGGCAGUAUCAAGCGCUUCAAGAAAAUUGACAUAAGCAAGAUGCAUUUGGCAGAUGAUGAGGUGACCUUGAAUCUUCUGGACUGGGAAAAGUUAAAUAUUUCUCCGAAAGAUGUUGCUAUAAGAGAUUCUUCAGAACAUGGACUUUCUACUGAUUUUUCACAUGAAGGUUCUAUUCAGACUAUUGGUUGUAAGCAGUCGACCUUUGCAUCCGUUGUUGAUGAGGUGUUUGAAAUUGAAAAAGGUGCAUCAUUACCUCUUUCUUUACCGAAUAAGAGUCAAAUCUCAUCCGUGACUACACCAUCUAGUUCUCCUCUUUGUUCAAGUCAAUUUACCUACCAAGGAAUGAAAGUAGGGUUAACCUCCUCAAAGUCUGAUGGAGGCGUACAGGUUCCACAAGCUAAUUUUUCCAAAUUUUCUGCGGGGGUCCUGCCAAUGAGUAAUGCUUCCUAUGCUCCAAACAGUAUGAAGAACAUGCUUCAUGGUUCUGCAAUAAAUUCUUUUUCUUCAACUGGCCCUGUAAGAAGCCCACCUGUUCCAAAACCAUCACUGCCAAAAUCUGAUAUAGAUUCUUUAUCAUUUAGAUCACCAACCCAUGCUGUUGAUGCUAGUCUCUACUCUGCAAUGGAUGAAGAUCCAUUAAAAGGACUUAAUGAAAUCCCAAAGGAGCUAAAUGCUUUGGUUUCUGGAGGUAGGGCCAGUCAUUUGGUACCUUCUGCUCGAGCAACAUCCCGAGGUUCCACUGUGACUGCAAAAUCCAGCGGGCCGAGAAGUUCAGUUCCCACUAGUUCAGUUGGUUCUCCUAUGAGAAGUUCUGGAUCCAGCUCAAGAAUGGCAUCUCCCACAUGUCAGACACCAGAAUCUGGAACACCUCAUAGCCCCACUUCUGAUGCAACCACAAGAAAUGAGAAAAAUCUUCGAAAGCGUUCUAUUUCAGCAAUAUUAACCAGCAUUCCUUCAUUACAUGACUUGACAACUCUAUCUGGACCACACAAAAGACUGAAGAUAUCCGAGUCCGUCAGCUCACUUCAUGCUGCUUCACCAGAUACUUGUUCUUUUUUGUUGUCAUCUAAAUCAGAGUCUUGCUCUUAUGGGAAUUUGUUAGCCAAAGCAAAUCAUGGGCAUGCACCUUCUAGUGUAUAUUUUGCGGUCCUCCUCCAUGUUGUGCGUCACUGUUCUCUCAGUAUUAAGCAUGCCAGACUUACUAGCCAGAUGGAUGCUCUUGACAUCUCUUAUGUAGAGGAAGUUGGGCUGAGGAACCCAUCCUGUAACUUAUGGUUCCGGUUGCCACUAUCUGGUGAUAAUUCAUGGCAGCGUAUAUGCUUGCGUCUUGGUAGGCCUGGAACCAUGUGCUGGGAUGUUAAAGUUAGUGACGAGCAUUUCAGGGACCUGUGGGAGCUUCAGAAAGGAAAUACUAGUACUCCAUGGGGAUCUGGAGUUCGAAUUGCAAAUGCAUCUGAUAUAGAUUCUCAUAUUCGUUAUGAUUCAGAAGGUGUGGUGCUCUGUUACAAGGUUGUUGAGGAAUCAAGUAUUCAAAAACUGGUGGAGGAUUUAAAACGGCUUUCUAAUGCACGCUUAUUUGCACUUGGCAUGCGGAAAGUACUAGGUGUAAGAAUAGAGGAGAAGCCAGAUGAUGCUCAUGGAGGUUCUGAGGAUAAAGGACAGACUGCGGGAAAGGGCACAGUUGAUGUUGCUGAUAAAGUAUCUGAUCAAUUGAAGAAGUCCUUUAGGAUUGAAGCUGUUGGUCUAAUGAGUCUGUGGUUUAGUUACUUUGGUUCAAUGCCUGGAAUAGUGGUACGUUUUGUUGUUGAAUGGGAAACAGGUAAAAAGGGAUGUACUAUGCAUGUUUCGCCUGACCAGCUGUGGCCUCAUAGCAAGUUCUUAGAGGAUUUCAUCAAUGGAGGUGAGGUAUCUUCUCUUUUAGACUGUAUUCGCCUCACUGCUGGGCCUUUGCUUGCUCUUGCUGGUGCAAUACGACCUGCACGUAUGGUUGGUCCUGGUUCUCCUGCAGUCCACGCCACAACAGUUAGCAUGCCUACAGUCCCUAGACAAAACGCUAUUUUAUCAUCUCAAGGAUUACUUCCAGGAGGUUUGUCUUCAAAUGUGAACCAGCCACAAGGUUCUGCAGCUGCGAAUCCUGUUGGAGGCACAUCUACAAUGGGAUCCACUGGCAGCCAUGGUCCUCAUAACACUGCCAUGCUCUCUGCUGCUGGAAGAGGUGGACCUGGAAUAGUUCCUAGCUCACUGUUGCCUACAGAUGUAGCUGUUGUGCUGAGGGGUCCUUACUGGAUACGUAUCCUCUACCGUAAAAUUUUUGCAGUUGAUAUGCGUUGCUUCGCUGGUGAUCAAGUCUGGUUACAGCCAGCAACACCUCCAAAGGGUGGUCCUACUGCUGGUGGAUCCUUCCCUUGUCCACAAUUUCGGCCAUUCAUAAUGGAGCAUGUUGCUCAAGGGUUGAACAAUUUUGAUACCAACUUUAGUGGGGGAGCACCAAAUGUGAUUGGUUCCAUGAAUUCAAGCACUACAAAUCCAAGCUUAAGUUCUGUGGCUUCACAGCCCACUGCCACCACUGGUAGCCGAGUCAACACAGUCACUUCUCUUGGAUUUCCUAGGUCUGGUACGAUGAUUGGAAACCAGGGGGUUAGUUUGAACCGAAUAGGCAACAGCCUGCUUGGAGCUUCAAACUUGGGUGCGACAAACUCAGGCUUGCCAGUACGCCUUCCAUCUGGGACUACAGUCCCGGCUCAAGUUAGAGGAGAACUAAGUAGCGCUGCUUUCAUUGGUCUUGGAGAUGAUGGUGGCUAUGGAGGAGGGUGGGUUCCUCUUGCUGCUCUGAAAAAGGUCUUGAGAAAUAUCCUGAAAUAUUUUGGAGUCUUGUGGCUCUUUACUCAGUUACCUGACAUUAUUAAGGAAAUACUUGGAUCAAUCUUGAAAGAUAAUGAAGGAACACUCUUGAAUUUGGACCUGGAGCAACCAGCCUUAAGGUUCUUUGUGGGGGGUUAUGUUUUUGCUGUCAGUGUGCAUCGUAUGCAGCUUCUACUCCAAGUGCUUAGUGUCAAACGGUUUCACAAUCCACAGCAGCAGCAACAAAAUCACAAUGUGCAGGAGGAGCUCACUCCAUCUGAAAUAGCAGAAAUUUGUGACUACUUUAGCAGGCGUGUAGCAUCAGAGCCUUAUGAUGCAUCUCGUGUAGCUUCUUUUAUCACCUUACUAACACUUCCCGUUUCGGUUCUCCGUGAAUUCCUGAAGCUGAUAUCCUGGAAGAAAGGGUUGUUACAGGGGCAAUUUGGGGAUGCCGCUGGAAUGCAGAAGCCUCAAAUUGAGCUGUGCCUCGAGAGUCAUGGUGGUUUUUCUGCAGAUGAACACACAGAAAACUCUGGCCGCGGAGUGUCAAAAAGUAAUAUUCACUAUGACCGGGCACAUAGCUCUGUUGAUUUUGGCCUCACCCUGGUUUUGGAUCCAACUCAUGUACCACAUAUAAAUGCUGCUGGUGGUGCAGCUUGGCUUCCAUAUUGUGUAUCCAUUAGAUUGCGAUACACUUUUGGCGAGACAACACAAAUGUCUCUUCUGGGAAUGGAAGGGAGUCAUGGCGGGCGAGCUUGCUGGACACGCCUUGAAGACUGGGAGAGAUGCAAGCAGAGAGUAACAAGGGCAGUAGAGGUUUAUGGAAGUGGAAAUGCUGGUGUUGAUGGCAACCAGGGAAGAUUAAGAAUAAUAGCAGAGUUCUUGCUGCGGGCACUUCAAAACUCUCUGCAGCAACUAAGAGACGGUUCUGCUGCAAAUGUGACAUCUGCUGCAACAUGAAAUCACAGACCAGAAGAUGAAUAUUAUCCUGUAUUUUUUCACUGUUCACCAGUCAUGCUGCAGGCACUAAACGUUAGAUCCCAAUUAUCUCUUUUCACGAUUCGUCAGUUCUUCUGGAAUACAUUUGCAGCGGACUAUGGAUGUAUAAUAAAGUCGCUGUUUUCCAGCGUCAGCUAAAACUGGAAGAUUGAGGGCACCCCUAACAAAAAGGUAAGAGUUGAAUUGGGUGGAAGUCGGUCGUAGGAUGUACAGAGAUGAUGGUGAAAGGCAAGGGUUUUUGUAAAAUUGGUUGGAAUUAUUUACAGAUGUACAGUGACUGAUGUAAUAGUACUUGGAUGCAGUAGAUUCAUAGAGGAAUUCGUGUUGAAAAUUUUGAGCACUGCCCUCUGGUUCAAGAUGUACGUGCAAAUUGGUGACUAGUGAGGCUUGUAUGUGGUUUCCAGCCUUAAUAAUUAAGGUGGUUUAUAUUCUCUC